GCUCGUUAGUUCUUUCAAAACCAACAAAAGGACUUCGAUGGCAACUCACUCAAGAAUUUUAUACGUGCUUCUUCUUCUUUCAUGCAUUGCUUUUGCAUUGAUUGCGGAGAGUUCUGGAGAUAAUGUGGAGAAUAACAAUGAGGAUGAUGAGUGUUCUUCCUGGAGUUGGCGUGGAUGCGGCAGUUUUUAUAGACAGCCUUCCAAAAGAUAUGGUGCUGGAUAUGGUGGUGAAAGGUAUGGCCAUGGAGAAAGGUAUGAAGCUGGUAUGAAUGGUGGUGGCUAUGGUGGUGGUGGUGGCGGAGGAGAAGGUAGUGGUGCCAAUGGAGGAUCAGGUCAUGGAAGCGGAUCUGGCGCGGGCGCUGGUGGAGCAGCAGGUGGAGCAGGAGGAGGUGGAGGAGGUGGGGGUGGAGAAGGUGGUGGUUCCAAUGGAGGAUCAGGUCGUGGAAGUGGAUCCGGUGUAGGUGCUGGUGUAGGAGUUGGUGGAGCAGGAGGAGGUGGAGGCGGUGGGGGUGGAGAAGGUGGUGGUUCUAAUGGAGGAUCAGGUCAUGGAACUGGAUCUGGCGCUGGUGCUGGUGUCGGAGUUAGUGGAGCAAAGGGUGGAGCAGGAGGAGGAGGAGGUGGAGGAGGCGGGGGUGGAGAAGGUGGUGGUGCCAAUGGAGGAUCAGGUCAUGGAAGCGGAUCCGGCGCUGGUGCUGGUGCUGGUGCCGGAGUUGGUGGAAUAUCAGGUGGAGCAGGGGGAGGUGGAGGAGGAGGGGGUGGAGAAGGUGUUGGUGCAAAUGGAGGAUCAGGUCAUGGAAGCGGAUCAGGCGCGGGUGCUGGUGUCGAAGUUGGUGGAGCUGGAGGAGGUGGAGGAGGUGGGGGCGGAGAAGGUGGUGGUUCAAAUGGAGGAUCGGGUCAUGGAAGCGGUUCUGGUGCUGGUGCUGGUGUUGGAGUAGGUGGAGCAGGAGGAGGUGGAGGUGGUGGCGGAGAAGGUGGUGGUGCUAGUGGAGGUUCUGGUCAUGGAAGCGGAUCCGGUGCUGGUGCUGGUGUUGGAGUUGGAGUUGGUGAAGCUGGUGGUGGAGCAGGAGGAGGUGGAGGUGGUGGCGGUGGCGGAGAAGGUGGUGGUGCCAAUGGAGGAUCCGGUCAUGGAAGUGGAUCCGGGGCUGGUGCUGGUGUUGGAGUUGGAGGCGUAGGAGGAGGUGGUGGUGGUGGCGGUGGAGAAGGUGGUGCCAAUGGAGGUUCUGGUCACGGAAGCGGAUCCGGUGCUGGUACUGGUGUUGGAGCAGCGGGUGGAGCAGGGGGAGGUGGUGGUGGUGGUGGAGGUGGAGGAGGAGGAGGAGGAGGUUCUGGUUCCGGCAAUGGAUAUGGUUACGGUAGUGGUUUUGGUGCUGGUUUUGGUAUGGGUAAAGGUGGUGGUAGUGGAGGCGGUGGCGGUGGAGGUGGUGGUGGUGGUGGGGGUAGCGGUGGAGGAAGUGGAAGUGGAAGCGGAAGAGGAGAAGGAUAUGGGACGGGAGGAGGAACCGGUACAAGCAAUGGAGGAGGAGUAGGUUUUGGAAUGGGCAUUGGCUUUGGUAUAGGCAUUGGAGGAGGCAGUGGUGGUGGUACCACUUAUCAAACCAAUAUCAACGGAGAUAAAACUUCCCCUUAAGGAAUAUGGAGCGAAAGAUAUCUAUCUCAGUGUCAACUCCAAUUGAUAAGGAUUUUUCGUUUUAAUUUUUGAUUUUUAGUUAUUUUAUGUAAUAAAUCUCAUCGAUAAAAUCAUGUACGAUGAAUUCAUUUUCCCACAUAAUAAAAAUUACAGG